AUGAAGCUAUUCCUACCUCUGGGAUUCAGCCUUGACUCCACCAUUGGAGAGUACGCGGACCGUGUCAUGCAAGCUGGCAACACAGCUCAGAAGAAUAUGCAUGAGUUUCUUCAAGCGCGAGGUAUCAAGCGCAAGUUCGGCUCGGGCCUACUGAAACAACUUCGCGCACUUCAUCGAGAUAGAGCUCUAGACGAGCUCAUUACCCGAGCAUUUAUUAGGCGUGAGUUCCCCCUCGCGUAUGUUACAGAUGAAGCUUUACGCUACCUUCGCCACGAGCUGCGUGACCAGGUUACCGAGGCUCCAAGCCCAAGGGGACCGUUGUUUGACGUGCUCUCGCUGUUGCAACAGCAGACUGGUCGUAGAAUCGAAGGCCACCACGUUCUGGCAUGGCGCUCUUCGCGGCGCCCCAGCCUCCGACAGCUUCCCAGUACCGGCGCGAAUGCAUCCCAUGCAGCUGCCCACGACGACGACGACGUGGUCUGGAUCCCAGCUCCAAGCGGUCUACCUGUCACAACUGACACCGGUAGCGUGCUCAAUGCCGACGAUGGGCGCGACGACAGCGAGGCGAGCGAGACCGAAUGGGUCCCGACGGAAAAUCUGGCCGCUCCUCGUUCCACAGCUCCGCAGCUCUACAACAUCCGCGCAAUCACAAACUCAUACAUGAGAAACGGUAAGAGAGUUUACCUUGUUGAGUGGGAGCAGACCGAAGAGCCUGCCACGAAUCUGCCUCGGAACAUGGUUGCCGCAUACAACCGACGCCGCAGAGCUCUUGUCCGUCGAACCUUCAUUGAAGACAAAGCUGGCCACGGCCGUGGACGACUUCGAAACUCGGAACCUGCACCAGAGCGCCGCCGUCGCCGACCACUUCGACGACUUCGCAGAGCUCUUCACUUCUAG